AAUUGACUAGUGGUGCUCAAACAUCGCCAACAACGACUCGGACGCCUUCAUGGCUAACUACUACUCCGACGACAACAUGGGCAACCACUAUUCCUGCUUCGACAACGACGACAGCUCAGACGCCUCCAUCGACAACAACAACAUGGCCAACCACUACUCUUGCUUCGACAACAACAUGGCCAACCAAUACUCUUGCUUCGACAACAACAUGGCCAGCCACUACUCUUGCUUCGACAACAACAUGGCCAACCACUACUUUUGCUUCGACAACAACAUGGCCAACCACUACUCUUGCUUCGACAACAACAUGGCCAACCACUACUCUUGCUUCGACAACGACGACAGGCUCUACUACUAAGACUACUAAUAUGACAUCGUCUACUUUAGCUUCAUGUCCAGGAGGAUAUGAGAAGAAUCCCAACGGAACAAAUCCCAUGUGCAUCGACAUUAAUGAAUGCGCAUUGAGAAAGCAAUGUUUUAUGACAGGACAGGUUUGCGUCAACACUCUUGGAUCUUACACCUGCGUCUGUGCUGAAGGAUUAGCUCAAGCCGUUAGCAAUGGCGAAUCUAAUGGCUGUUUUCCUGUUACUUCCAUGACUCAGCGGUUCGAAAUGCCAUUCACAGAGCAACUGGGAAAUACAAGUUCUCUAGAAUUUAUGAGAAAGUCAGACGAAUUUGCACGAAAUAUAUCCGAGAGUUAUGGCGAAUCAGGAAUCGAAGGGAUGUUAGUCAAAGUCACAAAGUUCACAAACGGGUCUGUCAUAGCCUGGUUUGACAUCUUUGCAAAUAAAGAAACCGCGUUUUCGCCUGAAGAUAUCAGAUCUUUGCAUAAUCAAAGCUUGACGUCCAACUAUUGGGGAAGAAAUCUGCCAAACGUGAAAGUAGAUUUUCCCGAAGUUGCACCAGCCGUUUGUAAUGAAGCAAAAUUACAAUCUGCUGUUUUAUAUUUCCAUGGAUCCGUGUUUUACUCGUUUGGACAAACAGGCGCAAACUCGUUAGCGUCAUCUAAAGAAACUUGCAAAAAUUCAGCUAUCGGUUUCACUGCCACAGUAGAGUGUCAUACAAGAACCAACAUUGAUGGAACCGUCACUGCCUAUUACGAAUAUGCAACUCUUCGCGAAGUAUCGUGUGAAGAAAGUCCAGCUAGUUUGUUAGACCAGAUCAAAAACCAUACCGCAACAACAGAAAAUGUUGAAUCCAACAUGGCGGUGGCGAAUGUUCUUUCAAGUGAUUUCUCUUCAAAAACUACAAAGGACGUGAAAGAUGUUGUUCAAGCAAUCCACGAGAUGAAUAACCAAAUAAAACAGGAUAACAUACAGAUCACGGAAAGAACCAUGAACUAUCUCGUGUGGACGACAGACAACUUAAAUAAAGCCUUAAAAAGUAGUAACGACACAGUUCUCACAGAUCAAGAAAAACUUCAGUAUAUUGAAGCUUUGGAAGUAUUUUCAUCAAAUAUGAUUCUAACGCAAGAUAAGAUGACAAUGACGAGCCCGUCGUCCGUGUUUAAGGCACAAAAGAUACCGUAUAUGCCAGGGGCAUCACCAGGAGCUAUUGAAUUUUCCGGAUCAAUUACUGAAGUUCUGCCAGGAUCUGGAUCACUCACGCCACCCUCUGUCCAAUCAACAAUUCCUGCAUCAGCAAUCCCGGCUUUAACAAUCUCAAAUAUGACAAAUGCCUUGUUUUACCUGCACGAAACAGGAGUUUUGUUUCCCAGUCCGAAUGAUUCUGCGGUGCAAGUUGGUCAAGUAGUAAGUGUUCAAAUAUCAAACACCACAUUGCAAAAUUUGAAAGAUCCUAUCCAACAUUCUUUUACCCGAGCAGUUGUGAGUGUGCAAAUUGAGAAGGUCAGUGGAUGUACGAUUAAUCUGGAAAGAUGUGGAUAUUUCAGUAUUCCAGAUUCAACUUGGAAAUUUGACGGUUGUGUCACUAAUGUUGAUCAAUCAAAUACUUCGACAACAUGUUAUUGCAAUCACACAACUAACUUUGCUGUUUUGGUUCAAACUCAGCACGUGCAAGAGAGUUUAGUAUUAGAUGUUGUUGGAACUAUUGGAUGUAUUUGUUCAAUACUUGGACUUCUUCUUCUUAUGAUUAUUUACUUUUCUUUCAAAUCUCUCCGGACAAACAAAUUGAAUCAAAUUCACAUGCAUCUAAGUAUUUGUUUGCUUAUUGGAUACAUUACGUUUCUUGCUGGAGUGGAACGACCCAGAGCUUAUUCAGCAUGCAUUGCUGUUGGAUUUAUUCUACAGUUCUCAUUCCUGAGCGCGUGGGGAUGGAUGUUGAUCGAGUUUUUCACCAUGUACAAAAAACUGAUAGUUGUAUUCACCGAAAUCGAAAGUAAAUACCUCUUCAAAUGCUCGGUUUUUGUAUAUUCGAUGUCGUUGUUCAUUACCGGCGUCACACUUAUUGUUGCGUAUACAACUGGAGACUCCGUGCAACACACUAAUUGGAGCAUAGCACCUACAACUGAUUCUCUUUGCUUUGUCUCACAUUACGUAAGCGAUCGACUCUGCUGGCUUCAUUCAUAUUCACUAUACUUUGGAUUUCUACUUCCAAUUGGAAUUAUUUUCUGUAUCAAUGUGAUUGGAUUUUUUGCUGUUUUGAGAGUGAUUACUCGUUCCCCGCCUGAUCUUGGACAAAAAGUCACAAAAACUCAGCUGAAAGACCACAUAUUCCGUAUAGCCAUGGUAACGGUUCUGCUUGGAGUGACAUGGGCUUUCGCAAUACCAUUAACAAUAACGGAUGAUAAGACUGUGAAUCUGGUGUUUGGAUCGCUAUUUUCAAUAUUCAAUGCAUUUCAGGGUCUUUUUAUAUUUCUUCUUUUCUGCGUGAGGCGAAAGGACGUUCGCGAGAAAUGGGUCGGAGCCAUUUGGAGUAAAAUACCAUUCUUGAGGAAUCGAAGCUUACUUAAGAAAGAGGAUCAAUCUCAAACAGGACAAUCUGGCAACUCAUCAACAUUGGGAAGGAACAACAUAACAAUUCAAAGCGCAACAAUGACUUCCACUCUUCCGAGAGAUUCAAAAGUUGGAACGAUAGACAUGAGAGUCACAAACCUAUGAUGUCUCGGCCCUUCCCGUGAAAACGCAGACAUUUCUCAGAGUCAUAGACGAGCUUUCUUUUAAUUUCACUUCCAAUACUAAAGCGAUAUGA